AGUUCACUUAGUACUUGAACCCGUCUACUGCAUAGAAUUGUUUUCUUAAACGUUUCGAAAAAUUAAUAUUAUUAAUUAGUACAGCUGCUUAUCUGGGAUUUUUGAAUUGCUCUGGAAAUUGAAUCCUUCAAGUUAUGUCUCAAAAUCUCACGCAAUCUUCGGGAGGGGAAAAUCACCCCGUGGUGGCGAAAAUUGGCGACUGUGUGAAGCACCUAUUAGACAGUGGCGACAUGAGCGAUGUCCAGUUCGCGGUGGGACGGGAUCAAGGCAUUGUGAAGAUUUUUUCGGCUCACAGGAUCAUACUGGGUGCUCGCAGCGCUGUGUUUCACAAUAUGUUUUAUGGAAGCCUGCCAGAGAACUGCACAAAUCCCAUAAACAUUCCUGAUGUUCACCCCGACGCAUUUGCUAACAUACUCAGUUACAUCUACACCGAUGCGGUGAAGUCUUUAAACCUAGACAACCUCUUUGGCACACUGGGCUGCGCGGAUAAGUACGACUUACCACUGUUGGUCGUCAUGUGCACUGACUUCAUCCUUGCUGAGCUUAGCAUCGACAACUGCCUGGAUGUUUUGGACAGUGCGGUUCACUGUGCAGUUGCUGCGCCGAGUAUCCUGGAGAAGUGUUUGUGUCUGAUUGAUGAAUCCGCAGAAGCUAUUUGGGUAUCGGAAAAAUUCUGUGCGAUUGGACAGGAGGCGCUAUGCGCCAUUCUCCAGCGGGAUACGUUGACCGCCAAUGAAGACAUCAUCUGCUUGGCUGUUAACGAGUGGGCUGUCAACAUGUGUGCGCGAAGGGAUAUCGACGCUACGUCCGCCAAUCGCCGUGAAGUAUUGGGCCGGGCGUUGUUUCUCAUCCGGUUUCCGCUCUUGACCGAUGCUCAACUGCUAGAUGGACCAGCUGAUAGCGGUUUGCUGCUGCAAUCAGAAGGAUGGGACAUCUACCGCUACAAGCACGCUACAACCAAACCUAGGCUGUCGUUCUGCACGGAGCCUCGACAAAACGUGCGUGCUGAGGGUGUCAUUAACUAUACGAUACCGGAUAUAAGGGAGCUCAGGAAAGCGGCUUUGUACAGUGAUCCCGUAAACGUCAGAAAGCUGCUUUGGAACAUUGCGGUGAACAAAAACAUUGACCGUGAAGUUCCGGCUCUGGGCUUCUACCUUCAGUGUGAUGGCUAUGCAGGAUCCGAUUCUUGGGCGUGUCAAGUUGCUGCCGAACUUUGUCUGCUGCCAUGGAAACCGGAAACCCCUCCAGUUAAAAAACAGGUGUCCAAGUUGUUCAACAAGAACGCGCAUAGCAAGGGAUCGUCGAAAUACAUCUCGAUGGAGGAAUUGCUUGAUCCGGCGAAAGGCUACAUCAAUCCAACUGACUUCUCUUUGAGGUUACAAAUUCAAAUGAUUGCUGAUUUGCCGACUGGAUUCAAGUGAAUGCAUCACGCAUAUGGAUAUAACGCGUAAAUAGGGACCGCCGCGCAUACUGCACGGUGUGACGUACGGUACCAAGUUUGUCUCCGCCCAGAAACCGUCUUUGAGAAUUGAGAAACCUCCUAAUGGAUUCGGUAACGGGUACACUCUGAAAUGUUUGCUUUUACCGGUGUAAAAUUAAAAUUCGAUUUUUUAAAGAUGCUUUUUGAUUACUACUCUAUUAUAUAUGACAGAUGUUGGCAGAUGAUUGUGCAGUUAAUUCUGUUAACUAUUAGAACCUCAAAUUUCUGAUCCUGGAUGCGAGUCGUUGUUGGCGACGCGAAACUGGAACCGCUAGUAUAAGAACGCUUUCGCGUUCAAAUGCAUCUGGGAUCGAGAAGCGCGAGACCCUCGUGAGAAAUAUCAUAUAGUU